AUGUCUCUUCUUAGUGAAUAUUCGGAAGAGGAUCGAAAGUUCUCCUGUUCGUUGUAUCCCAAACUCCAUCAAAGUCCUGACAAUGUCAUCCAAAAUUUCAUCUCGCAUCAAUUGCAAUGUAUGAGUGAACUGUUGGCGACAUACGAACACGAAUUGGAUGUUCCAUAUGGUGAUCAAUCCACGGCCAAUGAUCGACAGCAAUUUGAUGUUUGGUUUCCAAAAAAUGGGGAGAAGUUCAGAAAGAUCCACAUCUUUAUUCAUGGGGGAUACUGGCAAGUAAGUAUGAAGAACAGAAGAUGGGGUUACUUUUAGUAUUCGAAGGUACAAUUAGUUGUUUAGGAAGGGAGUCGGAAGUCGUCGGCAUCAGUCCCGCCAACCUUUCUUGUCCACGGGUAUACCGUAAUUACUCUUGGAUACACUUUAGCGUCCGAGAUCCCAUUAGAGGAAGUUGUUGAUCUUGUUCGGCGUGGUGUGAAGGUAAUAUCGUUUUAUCGUAAGGCCUGUUUAACUGAAAUCUCUACAGGAUAUAAUUCACAAUCAUCCAACAGCCGAGUUCUCCAUUUCCGGACACAGUGCCGGAGGACAUUUGGCUGCGAAGGUCUUGGAAGUCGAAGAGUUGAGAAUAAACAUGAAUGCCGGACUCCUAAUCGCUCCCAUAUUUGAUAUCCGACCCCUGGUAGAGACCUACAUUGGACGAGGGAUCAGGCUAACAGAAGAGACGGCAGAGAAAUGUUCAGUGAAAUUGAAAGAAUUGGCCAAAUUCGAAGGAACUCUGGCUAUAAUCAACGCCAAACACGAUGCCCCCGGACUUCUGGAACAGGCUGCCGAGAUCCAUAACGAACUGCUAAAGAUUGGGAAAGUGGAUGUGAUUAAAGAAGAGUUCGACGAGGAUCAUUUCAGCAUACUUGGAGUCCUUUCCAACACCACCUCAACUGUUUCCGAAUGGGUCCAAGCGUUUGUGCAGUCAUAA